UAAAAUAUCCUUUAUAAAAUGUGAAAUAUUCUAUAAUAUUUAUUUAUUAAUCUAAUAAUCAAUUGUGCUGUUAGAAAAAUGAUUUUUAUCAAAGGUGAUUUUGAGUCAAUUUUAUUAUUACGGUUUGCAAAAAGUGUUCUUCAUUUGACAGUUCAAUGUAUACAUUAGAUGAACGAUUGCUCCAUCCGCAUGCGAGAGUGCAUGAACAAAGCGGUGGCGGUGUCUCGUACAUCUCGCUCCAUAGAGACGACCAGGUUUCAGAGAUUCAGAGCCGUUUGCGGCUCCGAUAAUCACACUUACAAAUCAAAGUGUCACCUGGAGAGACAGCAAUGUCUCGGCUUCGCGGUUACAUUGAAACAUAACGGACAGUGUAAAGAUGCUUGUCUUGCGAGCAAAGCCUACGCCUUGGAACAGCGUUCUAAACGUCCAGGAAGCGUCAACUUUCAAUUCAUUCCGCGUUGCAGGAAAGACGGCGGGUAUUCCCCGGUGCAAUGUUUGGCCGGAUCGGGUUGCUGGUGUGUCACCAGACGUGGACAGCCUAUCCCUAAUACGAGUGUACGCACUGGCAGACCUCUGUGCGCCAGGAAAGCAAAGUCAACACAUAGGAGAUCGUCAUCUAGAGAGAAAAAUAAUAAAAAAGGUUGUAGCAAAUCAGACCGAGCAUCCUUCAACAUGAAUCUUAUAAAAAUAUUUCUAACCGAAUAUCAGAGGUCACAAAGUGGAUCUUUUACCUCAAAUGGUAAUAACGACGAUCAAAUAGUUGUCGACUGGAAAUUUUCAUCAAUGGAUAGUAAUAAAGACGGAUGGCUUGACAAGAAUGAGUAUCGAGAACUUAAAAGACUUGUGAAAAAGAUUGUUAAACCAAGAAGAUGUGCAAGAACUUUUGGAAGAGCAUGCGAUUUGGAUCAUGAUGAUAAACUAUCGAAGACUGAGUGGGAAGAUUGUUUAUCGAGAGAAGGAAUUAAUCGUAAGUUGAAUUUUAUUUAUUCCUGGAAAGACACCUCGGGUUCAUCUGCAUCGUCCUCCUCCAACAACCACCGCAAACCGUCUUACCCCAUCAGCGGCGUCACCACCGUGGAGCGCCUGCAGCCCGUGAACAGAGGCGGCAAUUUCCCCGUAUCUUCGACCUCUCACCGCCCCAUCAACGUGUCUCCUCCCAGUUGGAGCAAGAUGGGGCCCCGUCCGAUCCUGGACGACUCCGAGGAAGACUCCGAUGACUUCGACGAGGAAGAAGAAGACUUCGACGACGACGUCGGCGAUCUGGGUCACCACUUACCCCCGCUCGGCGGUUCUGGUGGUCCUGGUGGUCUUGGUGGUUCCGGCGGUCGACAACAGGUGCUACAUGGCAGUGUUUCUCAUCCCUUGGUAAAUACUAAAUUUGGCGGAAGGGACAGCAACAGUGGAAAGGGCGGAUUCCUUCGGGAAGACUCCGAUUCGGAUUGCUUAUCGGAUAGAGCUGCAGUUUUGGAUGAGCAAUUGGUAGCAGUAAGCGACCCUUACGUUCCCGAAUGCACUGCCGAUGGAAGAUAUCAAAGGGUGCAAUGUUACGGAAGUACAGGUUACUGCUGGUGCGUCCAGGAAGAUUCGGGAAAACCCAUUGCCGGAACUUCGACCAAGGAUAAGAAGCCUCAAUGUGAUGCUUUGCCUACACCCAGCCGACCUAUGAAGGGAUGUCCUGAGCAGAAAAAGGCACAAUUUCUUCGCGACUUGAUGGAGUUUUUGAAGAAACAGAUGAAUGCUGCAACCAACGGAACAAAUAUUCCGGACAGUUUGCGUUGGAUGGCACCCAUAAAUGAGCAGGUUGCCACUUGGCACUUUGUAAUGUUCGACAAGAACAAAAAUAAGAACCUAGAUCGCAAAGAGUGGAAGACUUUCAGAACAUUAAUAAGUAAUCAUAGAAACUUGAGAAGAUGUGGUAAAAAGCUACCAAGAUAUUGUGAUGCAAAUCACGAUAAGAAAAUAACAUUGUCGGAAUGGCUUGAUUGCCUAAAAGCGCAGAGGACUACUGAAUCGACAGUAUCGCCAAGGCCGACGCCCCAUUCGAAAAGAAAAGGUCCAAAUCCUUUAGAGUCUAUAUUAAAAAGUGAUUAAAACAUAUGAUCUCAAUAUAAAAGAAAUGAUUUGAUUUUAUUUAUAAAUUGUACAUAUAGCGAGCAUUGGCUUUCUCUUAAUUUUCAGAAAAUGUAU